UCGGAUCUUUGUCACGCACUCACUCACACUUCCGUCUCUUGGACUGUCGUCCCCGGCCUCGAUCGUGCGUGCGUAGACAUGGCGACGGAGGCGGCGCCGGAGUGGCUGGAGAAGGGGGACAACGCGUGGCAGCUGUCGGCGGCGGCGCUGGUGGGCCUGCAGAGCGUGCCGGGGCUGGUGAUCCUGUACGGCAGCAUCGUGAAGAAGAAGUGGGCCGUCAACUCGGCCUUGAUGGCGCUCUACGCCUUCGCCUGCACCAUGGUGUGCUGGUGCCUCUGGGGCUUCCGCAUGUCCUUCGGGGACCGCCUCCUCCCCUUCGUGGGCCGGCCCGAUUUCUCCGGGCUCGACCAGGCCGGGUUCCUCUCCGCGCAGGGCUUCGCGGGCGCCUACCCGGCCGCCACGCUCCUCUUCUUCCAGUUCGUGUUCGCCGCCAUCACGCUCAUCCUCGUCGCCGGGUCGCUCCUGGGCCGGAUGAACUUCCGGGCCUGGAUGAUCUUCGUGCCCCUCUGGCUCACCUUCUCCUACACCGUCGGCGCCUUCAGCGUCUGGAGCCCCAACGGGUUCCUCUUCAAGGCCGGCGUCAUGGACUUCGCCGGCGGCUACGUCAUCCACCUCUCCUCCGGAAUCGCCGGCUUCACCGCCGCCUUCUGGGUACGUGCCAACGUCAUACACUUUGUGGGUCCGAGGACGGCCAAGGACAGGGAGUCGUUCCCGCCGAACAACAUCCUGCUGACGCUGGCGGGGGCCGGGCUGCUGUGGAUGGGGUGGACGGGGUUCAACGGGGGAGCGCCGUACGCGGCCAACAUCGACGCGUCGGUGGCCGUGGUGAACACGCACCUCUGCACGGCCACGAGCCUCCUCGUCUGGCUCAUCCUCGACUGCUUCGCCUUCGGCCGGCCCUCCGCCAUCGGGGCCGUGAACGGCAUGAUCACGGGGCUCGUCUGCAUCACCCCGGCGGCAGGGCUCGUGCAAGGCUGGGCGGCGAUGCUGAUGGGCGCGCUCUCCGGCAGCGUCCCCUGGCUCACCAUGAUGGUGCUCCACAAGCGGUGCCGGCUGCUGGCCGGCGUCGACGACACGCUCGCCGUGCUCCACACGCACGGCGUCGCCGGGACGCUUGGCGGUGUCCUCACGGGCAUCCUGGCGGAACCCAGGCUCUGUAGGCUCUUCUUCGGGGAUGACCCGAGGUACGUGGGCUUCGUGUACGCGGUCAGGGGCGGCCGCGCCGGGGCCGGGCUCCGGCAGAUGGGCGUGCAGCUGGCCGGGAUUGGGUUCAUCCUGGCGCUCAACGUUGUCGUCACGAGCGUCGUGUGCUUGCUCGUCCGGGUGGCCGUGCCGCUCCGGCUCAGCGAGGAGGAGCUGGCGGCCGGCGACGAGGGCGUGCACGGGGAGGACGCGUACGCGGUGUGGGGCGAUGGGGAGACGUACGAGCAGUCCGUGCAUGGGAACCACGGGUACGCCAUGACGGACAAUCCUAUGACCACGUCCAACUCCAAAGUUGAUGACAUGAUUUGAGCGAUCAAUUAAGCUUCUUUUUCGCGUAUAUGCAAUGUAAGAUCAAUUCUAUAGCGAGCUAGUCAUUGUGUAAUUUGUUUA